AUGUCUGUCAGCCAGUCCGUCACCAGCGCCACGUCCAGCAGGCCUCUGAUUCGCAAGCCGGCCCCCCAUGAGGCCGUCUUCUGUGACGUCUGCGACAGAAAGUUUCCCAGCUUCGAGGAGCUGAUGGGACACAAGCGCAUGGCGAUGCUAACCGAGGGAACUCACAUCCACUGCUCCGUAUGCAACCGCGACUUCAACAGCAAGGAUGCUUUGAACAAGCAUAUUCUGGAGGCCCACCCGCAGGAGCAGAACCUCACCUGCCCCGGCUGUCAAAAGACGUUUGUCCGGUUGGCUGGAUGGAUGAGACACCUUGAGCACAACGAGUGUCCUGGCAUUCGCCGCGGGGAUGUUGACCAGAACCGGGCAGAGAAGCUCACCUUUUCCCAUGAGCUCGAGAAGCGCAGCGGCUCCCAGUUCGGCGACUACUUCCCCGUGUCCCACCCCAGCGUCCAGUCCGCCUUUGAGGCUCAGUCCAACCUCGAUGCCAUGUCCACCGUGGACGCGCAGUCCGAGUUCGACGACAAGGCCUACAUGGCGCAUCCGUCCUUCUUCAGGCCCAAGGACUUUCCCCACCUGAAGGACGCCAAGGAAAGCCUGGAGAGUAUCCAGCGAGCGCAGUCGGACGCUGGCAGCGAGAAGCCGCGCGAGCCGGCCGUGGACGACAUCAACGACCCAUCCCACCGACUCUUCGACCCCAGAAAGUACUACAACACCCUCACGCGCAAGUACAAGUGUCCUCAGCCGUCCUGCAAGAAGACCUUCCCCAGCAGCGGCGCCCUCAUCACCCACAUGAAGUCGGCGGCCUCGCACUACAACGCCAAGCUGCAGUGCCCCGGCUGUCUGCGCUACUUCAGGGAUGCGUCGUCCUUGACCGCCCACUCCGAGUCGGAGUCGACCCGGUGCAGCAUCCGCAAAUCUGAGAACUACCGCUCCUACCUCGACCAGCUCACCGGAGGCAUGGCGGACCUCGGCGUUAAGCACGAGGACGGUACUAUUAAGUAUGAGGUCAGCACGGAGGCCGUCAUCAAGUUCGCUCCGUCUCGGAUGGCCAAGACGGCCACUGAGAAUUACAUGGCGAAGCAGGAGGCCGGCCGUCAGGAGAACUGGGCUCGCAAUAAUAUUGUGUGGUAG